AUGGAAGAGGUUAUUGAUCUUUCUGCAAUUAGAGUAGAACCAAUACUGCUUCUCCCGUUUGAACAUCUGAGUCCGCUAGUAGUCAAGAUUGUGCAUAAGGUGGGGAAUGGAAGAGGAUUCCGAAAUAACACUUCAAAACAUUUGCAAAUUGCCAUCUUGGGACCUCAAUGUCAUGGACUCAUGUUUUUAGACAAAAAUCCCAUUGGGAAGAUUCUUUGUCAAGUACCAAAAGACAUUGAAGUAGUCAGUUCACGCCUUCACUUUUUCAACUUAAGCUCAGCUCAUAAACCAAUAGAUCAUCAAGAAUAUGACUUAUUGGGUCACCAUGGUGUUUCUACAGCUACUGUUGGUGUUUCAGCUCUAGCUCAUGAUGUUUUCCACUUUGACAUCACUUCUCAGGCAUGGAAAGAAGCAAACCAACCACCGAAAACACCUGAACAAACAUCUAGGCUUGUCAUUCAGACAUUAGAGACGGCUGAUGAUAUAGAGGUGGAUUCAAGAUGUGUUCCUGAUGGGGAUUGCUUAACGGUUUAUGUGGAUGUUGCGGACCCAAGGGAAGCUCGCAAUGUGCCCAAGGUUGUGCAAGAGGCAGUAUCACAACGAUUGAGAGCACGUGCUAACAUGGAUUAUGCGACUGCAGAUGCAUGCUAUAAGAAAAUUGUGGAUGCUGGUUACAGACUCCUAAGAGGUACUAACAAUGAGCAUACUCUUACGAAAAGAUAUCGGGUUAGAUUGAGGGGUAUUGAUGCACCAGAAAUCAAAAUGCCAUACGGGCAAGAGGCCAAGGAAGAACUUACUAAGCUGGUUGAAGGCAAGUGUUUGACAGUUCAUGUUUACGGGGUGGAUCCACAUGGCCGACUCGUAGGAGACGUCCAUUGCAAUGGAAUAUUUGUGCAGGAGGUGAUGCUCAAGAAAGGGGGUGCAUGGAACUAUUCAGACUAUGGCAACAGCCCUGAACUCGCAAAGUGGGAAAUGGAGGCUAGAGCUGCUCGUGUCGGAUUGUGGGCAUUGUCAAAUCCUGAAAAGCCAUGGGAGUGGAGGAAAAAGAACCCUGAAAUGCCAUGGGAUUGGAGAAUACCAAAUCCAAAUCCAAAGCUCUGGGAGAAUACCAAUCAGUAA